AUGCCAAUUAAUGUGAGAGCUGCAGGACUACUUGCCGCGCUAGCUGUAUUGCGGCUAUAUGUCCAGCCGUUGUACUCUCUGAUUUCUGAUUGCGAUGAGACGUUCAAUUACUGGGAGCCUUUGAAUCUGCUGGUGCGGGGGUUCGGCAAGCAGACAUGGGAGUACUCGCCGGAAUACUCGAUAAGAUCAUGGGCAUUUCUGAUGCCGCUGCAGGUGCUACUAUUAGGUGUUCGUCGGUUGGUGCAGGCGCGGGAGUGGCCGACUGCGACGCUGUUCUACGCGGGGCGCGCGGCACUGGGCCUACUGAGUCUGGUGUUCGAGAAGAACCUGUAUCUGGAAUUGGUGAAAACGACAAAUACGGAGGUUGCAGAGAUGUGGUUGGCAUUCCAGCUGCUGAAUCCGGGGUGGUUUCACGCGUCGGUGGAGCUGUUGCCGUCGUCGUUGGCCAUGGUGCUGCUGCUUGGCUACCUGAAGGACUCGCUACGGUACCUGUCGACUGAUAAGGAGAAGCCAUUUGUGUCGGCACUAUUCUACCUGUUCUUGGCGGGACUUCUCGGGUGGCCGUUUGUGCUCGUGCUGGGCCUUCCGCUAGUGCUGCACUACGUGUUGAGCCACCGGAUGAUCGUGACGUUGCGUACGGGCUUUUCUUCCGUGCUGGUUCUUUCAAUGAUUCUGGGAUGCGUCUUUGUAGUGGAUUCGAUCUUCUAUCGCCGUUUGACACUUGUUCCGUGGAAUAUUGUAAAAUAUAACGUACUCGGCACAAGCGCGGAUUCCGGCCCUCAUAUCUUCGGUACAGAACCGUGGUACUACUACGUUUUCAGCCUCUUGCUGAACCUCCCACUUCCCACGCUGAUAUUUGCCAUUGUAGCUCUGCUGCAUACCAACCUGUGGCCUGUAUGGUGCUCUCUAUUUGCAUGGUUGGUCGUGUUCAUUGCGCAGCCGCAUAAGGAGGAACGUUUCAUGUAUCCAAUAUACGCGUUUGUGACAUUGGCCUCAAGCAUUGGGUUUACGAAGGUUUCGAAAUUACUCUGGCGCUCGAAACUAUACAGACAUUCUUUUAAGGGAGCUGUCUUCGCGGUGCUAAUAUGCCAGAGUGUAUUGCGUAUCACGGCGCUAGUAAACAACUACACCGCGCCACUCCAUGUUUAUUCCACGUUGGAACCAUCUGACGCUCCGGUCAACGUCUGCACGGGACGCGAGUGGUACCACUUCCCGGCCUCUUUCUUCCUUCCAGACUCGCACCGUCUGCGGUUCGUCAACUCUGGCUUCGAUGGCCUCCUACCGGGCGAUUUCCCUGAAGAAAUGCCGCUACUUGAGGUUAUCAGCCAAGUGCCUGAGGGAAUGAACCAAUUUAACAAAUUUGACCCCGGCAAGGUCGUCUCCAUCGAUAUGUGCGACUACUAUGUCGAUAUCAUGAUGCAGAGCGAUCCAGAACAAGACGUAUUUGACCCUACUGACAUGCCUCUAGGCUGGGAAAUUUCGACUUGCGCUCCCUUCAUUGAUGGUGCGAACUCAAGCUUCUUAGGACGGGCGUUCCAAAUACCGGCAUCAGUGCUAAGCCGUUUACCAAAGUCAGUCCGUGCGCUAGUGGAGCGAUACCAUAAAGCGAAACAUCUCCAGUACUGCGUUUUUAAAAACUCAGCUGCAGAACUAGCAUGA